GUCCCCUCAGGACAUCCAGGUGAGAGCGAGUCAGUUAUCAACGGCACAAGGCCAGCGAGGACACACUUGGCAGUCAGGAAGCAUCUCUUUUACUUUCUGUGCCUAAGAGUGAGGACAUCGCCCCUCCUGGUCUCCUGAGGAGCUCGUUCAUCUCGUUCAGCCUCCUCCAUCCCCAGCUCCACCUCUAAGUCAGCAGUCAUGAACUGGUCUGGACUGGAGGAACUCCUCAGUGGGGUCAACAAGUACUCCACCGCGUUCGGCCGCGUCUGGCUUUCCAUGGUCUUCGUCUUCCGAGUGAUGGUAUUCAUUGUAGCGGCACAGCGAGUGUGGGGUGAUGACAGCAAGGAAUUUAUCUGCAACACAGCCCAGCCGGGUUGCGCCAACGUGUGCUACGACAACAUCUUCCCCAUCUCCCACAUCCGCCUGUGGGCCCUGCAGCUCAUCUUUGUCACGUGUCCAUCGCUGAUGGUGGUGGGGCAUGUCGCGUAUCGUGAGAUGAAGGACUUGAAGUACACGACCUCGCACAAGGGCGCCCAUCUGUAUGCCAACCCUGGGAAGAAACGUGGGGGGCUGUGGUGGACCUACCUGGCGAGUCUGAUUUUCAAGGCAGGCUUUGAUGCUGGCUUCCUUUACAUCCUGUACCAUGUCUAUCAUGGUUAUGACAUGCCCCGUCUGUCCAAGUGUGCUCUGCCGCCGUGCCCCAACACAGUGGACUGCUACAUAUCACGUCCUACUGAGAAGAAAAUCUUCACCCUCUUCAUGGUGGUCUCCUCAGCUGUCUGCAUCUUAAUGUGCAUUUGUGAGAUGAUUUACCUUAUCUGCAAACGCAUCCAGAAAUUCAUUAGGAGGAAGACUGUAGCAGAGAGGAUGCGGUUUGCCGAGAGUCACGAGAUGGCACCGCUUACAGCAUCCAGGUCAGAGUUCAGGUCCAAAACAUCAAUCAGAGUUGAUCCUACAGUCUCUCACCAAAACCUCAGUAACUUAAAUGAGAAGAAGAAGUCACAAGAAAACAUGAUUAACAACAUGGCAGAGGGCUUGAUGAAAAACUGAGUGAAGUACUCGAAGAACCCCUGCAAGCAAAUACAUUCAUCAGACUCUGUGGAGAACUGCUGCUCAGCACGAAAGACAUCCUUCAAUUCAGGGAUUUCUGAGACAACAUUUUGUGAAUAUUAUCAUGUUAAAUGACUUUCUGCAAGAAUGCACACCUUAUGCAAGCAAAUUAACUCCUCAAAAAGUAUGAUGUUAAAUGGUCUCCAGAGGAAGUUUAGGGGUUUAGAGUAUCUUUUGGCACUUGAUUGUGUUGUGAUGUGUGGAUGAGUGUUUGUCCAUAUUUAUGUUUUUAUGUGUGUGUAUGAUUGGCCAGUCAUAUGUUUAGCUGUUAUAUGAGGUACUCAGGUAAAUAAAACUCUCUAUACAUAAAAUGUAAAGCGAUGUAAGUACAGUGUCGAGAGGGAACCCUUUCCCUGAACACACACACACACUGCCCCCUAAUGAAUAAACUAGAUAAAACAUACGAUAAUCUGUGGAAAGCACUUGAGGGGGUUUCUGUUCUCAGUUAUGCAAUAUGAAAACUAAAUAUACUUUAGUUGACCUGCUGACCUUUUUGUGUCACACUAUUAAAUCCUAUUUUUUUGUCCACAAAUUUGGUGGGUUUUUUAAGCAAUAGGGGCAAAUAUAUUUUGUUUUACAUUUUGUAAGUAUUGUUGUGAUCCACAAUGUUAUUUCAUUGUUAAUACAUUCAAAUCUGUGUG